CUCACGCGCCUCAGCUUCAGCUGCCAAUGCACGAGAACUUCAGCCUUUCCGGCCCCUCACUCAAAAUGCCUUAUCUUGCCGCCUCUCAGCCUCACAUCUCCGCAUCUCACCGUCGCGGAAGGAUGCGCGUCGCUAGGUUUCGUUUCGUCCAGGAAAGCAAACGCGCUCGACGAAGGGUACCAAUAUUCCGGUGUUGACGUGGUCGGACUUUCGGCUGCGACGAGGCUUCGAGCCGUUGUAGCCAUAGCCUUCACAAUUCAUCCCGCUUGCGUAUCGCGAUAAUGUCUAUCACCAUUCCACCACCCUUCCAUCUCCGUCAGGCCACCGCAGCUCCAAGCGCAAGCACGUCGUUUGCGGCAUGUACUUGGGCAGGGCACUGUCUAGGAGACUCAUGCGCGAGUAACGACGACUGCGACAACGAUUGGAUCUGUGUGAAUAGGGUGUGUAGUCCCUGCUGCGAAACUCAGAGCACAACCACUUCCACUAGCGCCGCUACCUCGCAAGGCAAAUCGGAUAAGGGUUUGGACACAGCGGCCGCCAUUGGCAUAGGCGUCGGCAUUGUCGCAUUCCUGAUACUAUGUGUGGCUGCUGGGUUCUGGAUCUGGCUUAGGCGAAGGAAGAGAAGUGCAGCGAAUGAGGCAGCAAAUGCACAUGGCCCCGGAUCUAAUCCGUACGGUACGGGCAGCUUCCCAACGGACAGUGAUCGAAAGAGACUAUUUGAGACGACUGGUUCGUCUAGGGCGGAGCUGCCGUGUUCAAGCCAGCCUGCGGAAUUGUCGACCGUGGAAUUAGUAGAGCUUGACGCCAGCUCGCGCCCGCACACGCAGAAGUAUCCCGUCCCACCUCCGGACCAAGUCGCGACACCAACGGCUCCCAGAUAUCGUUUUGAGGAAUACGUACCUGCAGGCAACCAUGUGCCGGGGCAGUGGACGUACGCGCCUGUCAUAGAUGACACUCAGUCAUACACAUCGCCACGGUCAACGACUUUCACAGCCGCUCCUCAACAGCAGGCCUGGGAUACAGCUCCAGCACGACUACAACAUGCAAGUCCAGCUUCCAGCCAGACAUCCAGUUUCCGAUCCCGUCAGAUGUAUGCGGCUAAUCCCACGGACCCCUCCAUCUCAUCCAGGUCGACGACACUUGUUCCCAGCUCUGCAAGCCCAGCGCCGACAGGAUCGUCCUUGGGCCCGCCCAAGGCAGGACCACCUCGUCACCAUCCCAGCGAUCGAUCACAUCUGUCAUACCGAGGGCGAGGUGGCUUGGAAGAUGAUACCGGCUUUGUAGCUGGUGACGAUCCAAACGAGCCCUACACGCUGUUUCGCUGGCCUAGCGCUUCGCCGAGUACUUCCCGUUAUUCGCCGCGUUGAAGCUUCCUUCCAGACCUGGUUCCUCAGCCGGCUGUGCGGUGCUCUUCCCGAGAAUCAUUCCAGUAUCCGGUUCUCGGGAUGCAGCAGUACAGAAAGCAAGACGAUCAAGCCACCGAACGGAGGUGGGAGCGAACUGCCUUUGAUGGAAGAUGCUCGUUCCGACUCCCAGCCAAUGAGAGAGCGACCGGACAGAACGAUCCCGCAGUGGAGUCUACCCACGCUUCUGAACGCGGGUCGGAAGGUUUUAAGCUUAGGGCGUAUGAUUUUGGUGGGGACUCAUGAGAGCUAACUACUGAAAGUCGAGGCACCCGCC